AUGGACCAACAUGCGCAGCGCGGGCAGGGCAGCGCAUGGUCGAUCAAGCGUGACUUCAUCAACGAACUGCUGAGCAUCGGGGAACCCUUUAGUCAGUUGAGGGAGGAAAAAUGGGUAUCGAUGAAGAAUCGCGGCCUUGCCGCCUUCGCCAAAGCGCACUGGAACACCUUUGUCCGCCGGACGAACAGAGGUAUCCCUCAAAAAUUUAGAUGGGACAGCUGGAAGGUGGCACUAAAGUUCGACGUCUACGCCGAUAAGCUCUCACCUCAGUAUGAGUCAUUUGCGAGCACGACAAAUGAAUACACCUCCAUCAUACAGAUUGACGUGCCCAGAACAUUUCCCGAGCUGAAGGUCUUCGACGUGGAGGCACAGCAACAACUCUCCCGUAUCCUGCACGCCUAUGCGAACUACAACCCCGAGGUCGGCUAUUGUCAGGGGAUGAACUUUGUUGCCGGUUUGCUCCUCCUGGUGAGCGGUUUCAAUGAGGUCGAGUCCUACGUGGGUUUCGUUGGUCUCAUGCGAGAAUUCGGCUUGGCUGAGUUUUACAUGCCAUCGUUCCCGCUCAUCCAGAAGUACAUACAAGCUUUCGAAGCAUUGACGGACGACAUGUGGCCGGACUUGCACAAGCAUUUCCAACAGGAGGAGAUUUCCGUCGCGGUGUUCCUGCAUCAGUGGUUUCUCACGAUGUUUGUCAUCAUUUUGCCGCUGAGAACCGUUGUUGCCCUUUGGGACUACAUCUUGUACAAUGGUCUCUCGAGCGUUUUGGCGGUUUCUUUGGGGCUGCAAUAUCUGUUGGCUCCGCAAAUGAAGCAGCUGAAGUUCGAAGGCAUCAUGAGUUUUCUAAAAAACAUCAAGGACGCUGACAGCAAGGACGACAUCCGCGUCGGGCGUAUAAUUGUCAACCAGGCAUACAGGAUCACUGCCUCACGAGGUUGUCUGGACAGUUUUAUCUUGGCGCAACAGGCCAUAUCGCUAACCAACUUGCCGUCGUUCGAGGCGGUGGGUAGUGGGGAGCCGGCUAAACGCUUGGCUUCAAGUGCCGGCAGGAGCAAGCCCAACCCCCUAGUGGCGAUUGUAUCCCAGCUCGGUCUUUCGGAGUCUCCGAGGGAUGAAAUGGGAACAAUGUACCAAUGA